GCAUACACCUGCAGCCCUGUGGAGUCGAGCGGUUGUCGUGAGAUUCGAUCGGAUUAUUAAUAGUGAACUUUGAUACAAAAAGGCCGGAGUCGAGCGGUUAUCGUAAAAGUCAGUCGGAUUAUUAAUCGUGAGCUCUGAUACAAAAAGCAAGCCUCGUACCAACAGUUUCAUUCCCGCGGCCCAUUUAUCCCCACUUGAUCUCGUGACAGCAUCAUACAAACACCAUGUCCUUUGACGAAGUCUUAGAAAAGGCCGCUCAAGAUGGCACCAUUCCUGGAGCCGUGGUGCUCGCCACAAAUACCUCCGGCGAUUUCAACUUCCAAAAAGUCAUUGGCAAAAGAUCACUCCAAGCUGGCAGCGACGACCCGCUGCGGCUAGACUCAGUCUUUACUAUUGCUUCCAUGACGAAGCUCUUGACAUCAAUAGCUCUCUUACAGCUGCACGAGCGUGGAACCGUCGGUCUCGACCAAGACGUCUCUGAACUUGUGCCCAUCCUCGCCAACCAGUCCAUUCUCACCGGGUUCACCAAGGACGGGACGCCGAUCCUCGUCAAGCGCGAGAAAGCCAUCACACUACGCCUUCUCCUCACACACAGCUCCGGCGCCGGCUACAGCUUUAUGGACCCCAAGCUGCAGCAAUACGCCAAAUACACAGGCAAGACAUUCUCCGAAAGCAGCACCAUUGACGACAUCUUUGACUGGCCUCUGCUCUACCAGCCAGGCGAGGGCUGGGCGUACGGCGCCGGAGUUACCUGGGCUGGGAAGGUGCUUGAGAAAUUGACGGGCAAGUCUCUUGAGGAUUACAUGCAGGAGAAUAUGUUCCAGCCGCUGGGCAUUUCUCGUAUCACCUUUUUCCCCAGGGCCAACCCGGCGCUAGAGGGCCAGAUGUGCGACAUGAGCGUUCGAGACGACGCGACAGGGACACUUAGUGCUGCGCCCCCUGGGCUUCCCUUCUUUGGGGAUCUGAAGGACUGUCUCGGCGGAGAGGGAGCGUACGCGGAUCUGUCGGAUUAUGCUAAAGUCCUGCGAUCGAUCCUGCUCGAUGACGGGACAUUGCUCAGGAGCGAGACAGCUGCCUUGAUAUUCCAGCCACAGCUGCCUACGGAUGCAGCGAGGGCGGGGCUCAGGAAGGCCAUGGAAGACCCGAGCUGGGCCGUUGGCGACUUUUCUGGGCCUAAUGAGUAUGACUGGGGAUUUGGUGGCAUUCUUAUCGCGGGAGAUAAUCAUCCUGUGCGUAGCCGGGGAUGCUUGAUCUGGUCCGGCGCGGCUAAUCUAUUCUGGUUUAUUGAUCGGACAGCUCGAUUGUGUGGUCUUUGGGGGACGCAGGUUAUGCCUCCUGCCGACCAGAAGGUGGAACCGCUUAUCAGUUUAUUUGAGAGACACAUGUACGCUCUUGGAGGCAAAUAAAGGCAAAGUAAUAAGCUUCUGCUAUGCUAAGGAAACUGACAGGGUCCCAUACAUGCGUUGCCUAGGAUCCGUUGUCUCGUCCUUCGGGAAGUGUUGCAGCUAUUCUAGGCCGAACGGCAACUUUCUGUGGGAAUCCUACCACGGCUGCCAAGUACGAAUCGUUGCACAUUAAUCAAUGCGAAAAAGGCGACAAAUUUACCUGGAUCUAGAAACAUGGGCUGAAAUUCUGGGUUUAAUUGUAUUGAUGUAUUUCUGAAGUUUGCUUUGGGCAGAGAUUAUCACAUUUAGCAAUGCCAAAUAGCGUUCGCCGAGCCAACGGUGUCCAUAAGCCGUUAGCGUCAAUAUCCCGCCAAGGCGGCCGUCCGCCUUUGGUUAUGUUCUUUGAGAUCCCAACAACACGAAAC